CGACUGCCUGGAAACCUCAAGCCAGGAGGGAAGAAAGGACCCGGCGGGCAGGGCCAGAAGCUGCCACCCGGAGUACGGCGCGCAAAUUUCCGUGCGUCGGGGGUGGAGAGGGAGCGCAGCGGGACGCGCCGCGCCUUCGCAGGCGAGCCAAGAGGGAAGUAGGCGAGCGCCUCCGUUUCUGCGGAGGGAAAGGAUGGCUCGCCCGCCCGCCCUCCCGCCCUCUCCUCGCCGAAGGAAAGACCCGGGACUCGGGCGGUAGCCCUGGCGCCGCGCACAAGUUGAAAGUAGAUGAAACGACACAGCAAGAGUGGGGCAGGGCUAGACUCCAGUGUGACGUGGGACCAGCACGGCUGUCGCAAGCUUCUCCUGUGCCUGACCAUCGGCAAGGGAAGACAGAUGUGGGCGAUUCAUAGUUGAGACUUGCUGGUUGAUAUGGCAGGCUGGUUCAAGGCGUUGCUGCAGAAACCCAGGAAGAGCCCAGACCCCUCAAGUCACGUGGACGGUGCCCCUGCGUAUUUGCCUUCAUCCCCGUCCCCUCCCUUGCAGAGAAGUUCUGGUUCUCUUCCUCGCAGCUUGACCAACAGCCCCAAACUGGUGACCUCCACCUCCUGGAUUGCAAGCAGACCUGACAGCGCCCGGUGGAGCAAGUUAUAUGACGUGUGCAUCUGCCACAGCGAGGGCGACCUUGAGUUUGUGGAGCAGCUGGUGGCCUACUUGGAGAGCCAGCCGGAACAUUUCCGUUGCUUCCUUCAGCUGCGGGACUCUGCUCCGGGCAGUGCUGUGGUGACAGAGCUGUGCAACGCUGUCCAGAACAGCCACUGCUGGGUGCUGUUGAUCACACCCAACUUCCUCAAGGAUCCCUGGUGCUGCUACCAGAUGCACCACGCCUUGACCGAGGCGCCCAUGGCCAAUGGGCGCACCAUCCCUGUGCUGAAGGAUAUAGACCGCAGGGACUAUCCUAGGGAACUCCGAUGCAUUUACUACAUCAGCGUGGUGCUCCAGGAGAACGGCUUCCGACAAAUCAAAGAGACUGUGAUGCGUUAUCUCCAGGACCUCUGUCAAAACCCAAGAAGCAGAGACUAACUGCCUUUUUGGAUGGAAAAAGGGAUACUUGGUUACAGCAGAUGGAGGGUCAAAGGAAUGCCUUUCAGCGCAUGGGACUGGAGAAGAAGCCUUUAUGGCGAAGGCUUCCUCUCCCACUGAAGGUGACUCGAUUCGCCACCUGAAGGGCAGAUUCCAUUUGGUGCUGAGGUUUAAAUGUCUGCGUUUGGGGGUGGGAAACACCGAUUUGCUAUAUGUUGGUGAUGCAUUCUGCUUUACUCAUCCUAACCGUUUGCCUUUGAGGUAGACCCGGUUAAGAAGCAAGCGCUGCAGGGAUUCCAGGAAUGCAACUAUUAUGGAAAAGAAUACAGUCCUUUCAAAACCUUCACUGCUCCUUUUUAAGGACAAGGUCAAAGUCAAGGCAGAGCGGAGUCCCUCAUAUUUUUCUACUUUCCCAGAACUGAGCAACUGUUUUGCGUCUCCCUCUUCCUCAAGGCCAGAGCUAAAGUCCAUUACACUAACAGUUCUGAUGAUAUUUGGUGGACAGCAGAACACUAAUAACGUAAGGAGAAGUAAAAGUUGGAGCAAGAAGUUGCAGUAAGUGCUUGUGUUCAUGGGUCAGCCAGCCGUGUCCAUUUCUGUAAUGCCCCAUUUCCUUUCCUUCCCAUCAAGUUUGGCGUUUUCCUGGAUCCCCAGCAGUUGAUCAGCACACCGUGGCUGUGUGCACUUAGCCACAUUCAGCUGGUUUCCAGAUUUCUCCACCCGUACAGCCCCCCUCUUUUGUAUUGGGGUCCUCUAAGACUGCUGCUAGCUUCUUGAAUAUAGUGUUCUCCUCCCCGAACAUCAGGCACAGUGAAUUCUAGGCUUUCUGAGCAUUGUUGUAUUCCAUGGCUGGAGGCUGUGACAGAAGGUUUCUACAACCUCUGGGACUUUAUACAUAUGUAUCCCAAUUACAUCCAGAGAUUAUAGCUUUAAUAAAAUGGCAGUUUUACCAGGUUAAAAAACAAAAACAGAGUAACACCACCUUGCGUUUGUAGCCAUGAUUGGCUUUAUUUGUACAAGUCCUUGGCAGUACAAAAUUAUUAGUUUGAGAGAAUCCAGAUUCUAUCAUGUACUCCCCCAUGAGCUGUCUGUCAGGUAACGAGGCUGCUGUUCUGGUUGAGAUUUUGGUUCCAUGUUUGUGUCCUAACAGUCAGGAACCACGCUGAGACGAGGAAUAGGUCUCUAGUGCUUUAUUACUGCUAUAUUAGACAGAAAAUCCUAACAAACUGAAGAAGCGUGGGAAAACCCAGACAGAUAAACCCCAAAAGUCAAGGCGGGUCUGAUCUGUGUUUCUCUGAAUGGCUGCUUAACUCCUCAGUACUAUGCAUGCGUUUCCCCCCCCUGGAUAGGGGCCCCCUCCUGCUCACCAUCAGUACUCAUGACAGUUUGUAUGAUUUACAAGACAAAUAUGUGGCUGAAUUUGCACAUUGUGCUAAACUGAAAUAUAUGUUAGUUUCAGUUUAGAUAUGUGAAUCCAGCCUUUUUGGUUCUUUGCAAAGCCAGCUAACUAUAUUCAACAAAGAUUAACCUGUGGUUUAAUAAUUCAGUCUGUGUUUAUGUGGUGAGGGAUUAAUAUAAUCCUGUGUCAUCCAAAAUUAGUAUUACCUUGAACUGUUGUUGAAAGUAGUGUUAGCCAAUGACUUUCUAGAAGUGGGAUGUGUAAUUUGAAAUAAAAGGAAUUUCUGAGAUUUCAUUCUAA